UUCACUUUCGAAAUGCUUUCUGCCAAGAAAAAUAACGUUUCACAAAAUGCUAGACUUGUACAUGUCACAGGCGUCUUAAAAUGGGAGAUACACAACUUUCACAUUUUUUAGCUAAAAUAUUACGCCAUGAAGCCAUCAACAGGGGACUACAGGUGUCGGAAGAUGGCUAUGUUGACGUAGAUGAUAUCUUAGAACUGUCUGAGGCCAGGGGCAGGACAGAGGAAGAUGUUAGAAGAAUUGUCAAGAAUGACAGCAAAGGAAGAUUUAGCCUGAGAGAAAAUCCAUUUCUACAAAUUAAGGCCACACAAGGACAUUCAUUUAAGAUACCUAAGCCUGACCUAACACUUGUCACCCAUCACACACAAGUGCGCUGUGCCUUACAUGGCACCCGAAGCAGAAACUGGGAUUCCAUUAAAUCACAGGGAAUAUCCAAAAUGGGAAGAACACAUAUUCAUUUUGCACAGGGAGAUCGGGGAGUCAAAAGUGGCUUUCCACCAUACUGUGACAUGGCCAUUGAAAUUGAUGUAGAAAAGGCUAUGAGGGAUAAAAUCAAGUUUUACAUUUCUGAAAAUGAUGUGGUGCUAACGGAGGGGGAAAAUGGUUUUAUUUCAAGAAAAUAUUUCAAGAAAGCUUACAAACUUGGUUCAAGAGAAGCAUUAUCAUUUUGAAAUUUAAUGAAAAUUGAACUGUACCACUGCUUGGCAUCAUGCAAUUAAUACAUGACUAUGUGUGAUGAGACGUGAUUGACUUACCUAUUCUGUGAUACAAGAGAAUUUAAUUUAUACCUACGUGCCAUAUUUUUAUUUCAUUUUUAAAAUCCUAUUUGUAUUGCGACUAAAACUGUAAAUAUAUUUGGUUUUUGUCAGAAAUUACAGGGUUUUUUGCUUUGGAAAAUUCUGAAUUGAAUAAACUUAUAAAGUUACACAGCUAA